AUGACUUUCUUUGACACGAGUAACGGUGUUUUCCUUCCAGGCGAAUUUGUCGUUAUCCAUUACUCGAACAAAGAACUCCAUUUAGGAAGAAUAAUUCCAAUAGGCAAUAUACCUAAGGAAGCCAUUACGGGUCAACGUUCGUUGGACAAAUUAACAUAUUUUGUCUAUAUACUUCGAACCAAAGAGUCUCUAGCUGUACCUUACUUUAAGAUACAGCAUCUCAGCACUCCGCUACUAAUUCAGUUAUCGCAGAAUCCAGCCACUAAGGAUCUUCUUCGUGACAUUUGUGCUCAUAUUUUCGAUAUUGUUCUUGUUGGCUCUUCUUAUCCACCCAUCACUGCACUCCCCCUUGGCAUGCCUCAUGUCCUCCAUGCCUCUGGUGUUCGCGAAUUUGGCACGGCUGGUAUUCUCAUUAAUUCGACGCCUGCGGCAAUCCAAACAGAAUCUUUUAACUUUCCUGUUGAGGAGGCAUCAGAAAACGAUUCACAAUCUAUUAUUGGCACAGCUAGUGUUAGGAAAGACGUUACUAUUCCAAUGCUUGCUUCCCUUGAGUCUUUGAAGCUCAAGAUACUGACAGAUGCACAGACACAGGACACUCCUGUAUUCCCACCGAUAAUAAAGGGUUAUGAAAGAGCUCUCAUGGCCAUGAAUGCAGAGUACCUCCCUGAUAAUAGAUCUACUGAUACUCCCUGUGACUACUCUCUUCCUGGGGGCCUUGGGAACCGGGGUCUUACCGCAUUAAUAGACGCCCCUUUGCAACAAUUGGUAGGCGAUCAUCAGUAUGUACCAGUGAGCAUGGCUGCUAGUAGGCUCUUUCGCCGCAUGGAUCUCUUUUGGGCAACCAAUUAUCUUUGCUACGACCAUAUAUCUGUAGGGGACGCUGCGAUUUACCAUUAUAUGUCUGAGGCCCAAGGAAGAGAAAGUACUAUAGCGAGUGUUCUUGUCCUUGUACGGAGAAUAUGGGCAAUAGAUGGGCGCAUUUUCCCCUCUGUUUUUCUUGAUGGAGAGCUUCUUGUUCGCUCCGAACAAUUGACAACCUCUUUAAGUGUAUUCUUAACAGGUAUAUUAUUGACCCUCCCUAUCUCAGAUCCCACCGUUUGUAAAGGGGUUCAAAGAGUCCCCCUUACUUUUGUCAUAAAUGCACAUCUUCAGGACGACAAAGUAGCCAAUUUGCACAUACCUUUACAAGGGGGGUUAGAGGAUCUAUUGUAUCCUGAGGUUUGUUGCACGGAAACUUGCAUUCGUACCUGUCACGUGGUUGGAAGAGUUUCAUUGGCGGAAAUUCCUCAAAGUGCACAUCUCUUUCAAUGCUCUCUUACGUGCUCACUGAUUCCAAAUCAAAACAUAAGUCUCAGAGAUCAUUCUGUGACAUUCCAAGACGUUAAGCUUCAGGAUCUGGAAGAAGAACAGGACGAGUCCAAAGAAGAGGCUGUAAUAGAUGGACAACUGUAUUCCUCAAAAUCUACCAUUAGCAGCACUUCUUCUAGUGUAGCUGAUGCCCAUACGGAUGGCAAUCUAGAGCCACAAUUAAAGCGACGCUCUUUUCAUGAAGCCAGUGGGCUCUAUUUGCAAGCACUUGAUCUAGAACAACCGAGCAUAUCAUAUGAGUGCAGCUAUCAUGUUACGUUCUCAACGGCAAAUAUGAUCCGACCGGUAUUGUGCAGCAUAUGUCAACAGGAGCUAGGAGCCUCUGAUCUCUUUAUUGGAGAGCUUUCAGAUGUGUAUACACUCGAUGCUCAGCGGUUUCUUGGGGACAAAGCUUCCGACCAUAACAUGCCUAUUUUUCCAACAAUAGAGAUAGCCUUGCUCCUUAAUGCUAAAGGAAAAAUGUAUCUAUGCCCCCAAUGCUUCAGCCCUUACUGUAAGGCGUGUAAGAUGGAAAUGCUAAACUCACCAUAUGAUCAGAUCCUCUAUCAAACAAACCUUUGGAUUUCUUCUGCUCAUCAAAAGCAAGCUGGGUUUGAGAAUCUAAAUACUCCGUGUUGGAAAUGCGACCUCUCCACAUACGCCUCGGCCGGAAUUUCUGCCGACUUUGGCAAUCCUAUGGUGCAGUUUUAUUUACACAAGCUGAUUGACUUUAUGAAUUAUAAGGCUUCCGAAGUUUUUUUAGAUUCUAAACGGUUAGCAUCGAGUUAUUCAGAUUAUUUUAAGAAGGUACUCACAGAUCUAUCAGUUCCUACAGACCAGGAUCAUACCAUUCAGCUGGCUGCAAGGCAGUUUCUGCAUGAGCUAGAUGCUCUCCGCUCUUCUUGGCACUUUGCUAGUAAUUUAAUUGAGUGGAGAUACUCUCCUCAAUGCACAGAUUCUACAAGAGAUUCUGAUAUCAUUGAAUCCAAUUUAAAGAAGCAGACCAGGUCAUUUACUUCUCUUCUUGAUCUCGUUUCAACCAUCAGAUACUCAUACCCUGAUGAACAGUGUCCCAGUGUGAGUGAAAAAUGUGUACUUAUAUCAAUGGAUCUGCACUUCUCCGUGCCAUCGCCACUAGACUAUAGAAGCUUCUUCGCUAAUCUUCCAACAGCAGGACUAUAUGAGAAUAGUAACCGUCUUCUACUGCCGAUCUUUCCGCGCAUAUGGAGUAGCUCGAACCGGGGGGCAAACUUGUUGUUUUAUGGGGCCCCCUUUUAUUCACGUGUGUACUUAGAAUAUUACCAAGGAAAAGAUCUGGAGGAUAUCAAAAAUCCUCUGCAGGAUACGCCACAAACUUCACUAAGCAAACGGAAACCACGUGGUAAGCCUGCUGGUUCAACAACGCUUGCUGCUGCAUCUUCCGGUAUUCAAAAUACGUCUGGAACAAGUCGUCGACGAGGACUGGCAUCUCUAGGGGGCUCGUUAUCACAAGAUACGUCAAUUAAACUUGAGGAAAGCCCAAAUACUACCCAGCGUGAAGAGACAAAUAGAAAGCCUCAAGCCAGACGUGCCAAGGCAUCCACGCGAGGCUCGCGACAAGUGGCUGAUUCUAAUGCUCUCUUUCAGUCCGAUGUCAACGGAGUCCCAUUGGUUUCACAAGGAAAAGGAGGCGCACAUCAGGUGUCGUCUACGAACUCUAACUCAUUAAGUGGAUCUGUUGGACCAGCUCCUGGAUCACUGCAAAUACUUCCAGGAGGGGGGUUAUCGGCUUUCGGCUCUGGAGCUGUGCAUAGGCAUGCGGCGCAUACCACUUUCCCAGAUACUGUUUCAGCCGUCUUCCCUACUAGUUAUAUUGAUAACUAUCUUAUGCCAAACUUGACCCACGAGGCCUUAUCUUCUUGGAUUGGACAAUCCAUUCGUCCAUUUUGCAUACCGGAGCACGCUAAAGUUAUGUACACAAAUGGAAUUGCUGCCUCUGGCAUUUCUAGUUCAGGUGACAUUCUUACAGGUGCAGAACCAGGAGUAGUCCAUCAGAAGGCAGAAAAGGAUAUCGACUCUGCCAAACUAACUUCUCAAGAAUCAGUUAAUAUCUAUGAAAGCUCUAUCGUUCAUAGGCAGUCCAAUCUUCCCUUUUCUCUUCCAUCAAGUAUGCACAUAACACGGCUAAAGAAUGAGAUCAACGAGAAUUGCUUAUUUUACACCGGAUUUGAUAGAGCACUAAGAUUCCUAAUUGAGGAGUACAGCGAGUCCAACAGCAAUGCAUGGAUGGAUAGCGAUCUGAAGAACCUUCUAGAAGCAUCCAGUCGAUCAGAGAUACCCAUAUCUCGUAACAUGCCAAUCUUACAAAAAUUGAAGGCAAUGCUUUCUUCCAGAACAGAUGAGACACCGGAUGCAGCGACAAUUCUCAAGCAUCUUAUGAAUGACAUUUUACCAGAAUUUCUCGAAACUAGGUAUCAACUAGAAACACAUUACGAUUAUGGCCACACAUCAGAGAGCAUUCGAAUACUUCAGACACUCAAUUCCCUUGUCAACGUCUCUUCAUUUGCGUCUAUUUCCAGUUGUGAAGAUGGAAGGUUGUUUUCAGAAAUAAAGCAGGAGCGUGAUGAGCAGGCACGUGACGAACGAGAUGAAGCAAAAGAAGUGCUCUCUCUUAUAGACAAAGAACGGGCCAAAAAGCUCACAACUCAACAGACCAUGCUUGCCGUUGACGAGCUCACAUCCAGUCCGCCGCGGUAUAAUCUUAAGCCACCCCCAGAAUAUGCUACUCUACCACCUAAGUCAGAUUAUCUAAUGAUAGACGAUGAGAUAGCCGCGCUGUCUGGCAAGUCUGUCACCAAGAAAACCGCUCAGCAGUCAGAAAUCCUCGAUUCUUUAGUGCAAAAGAUAUCAUGCCUUGACUUUCUCCUUCGUUCUGCCCAGCAGCGCGAUAAUAUGCCCACUGAGACAGCAAAUAGUAGACCCUCUGCAUCCAUUAUUUCAAUGGAGGAGAACGCCAAUCAGACUUUUCCUCGCUCCGCUACCAUGCGCCAUCUUAUUUUGGAGAAGCGCGAAGCCGAGUUGCGCAGUUAUCUGGAAACCCUCGGCACUGCGGAGGCACGUACCCGGAAGUCCAUGGAGGAGUUACUCACCAGCAUUGACGCAGUGAGGCGUGGCAUGAUAGAGCUCCGACGUAAGCAGGCAAUGCUCGUUGAUGAACUCAUAGACUUUGUGAAAGAGAAGUACAGAUUGGAUCACACAAUUGCUGAAGUUGUAGGAGUGGUUGGAGACAUUGCUGUCGCCUUGAGCACUAUAAGGAUACCCGUCACGGAUAGACAACUCCCAUCUGACGUACAAUGUUUGAAGCAGCUGAAGCAGUAUCUCUUUGAACAUCUGUGUAAACUAUUAUGA